CUUCCAGAAGAGCUGUUCCUGAACUCUAAUGUGAAGCAUAAUGGGGCACCCUCAUUCCUUUACUGAAGGGGAUCUACAGUGUACCCCUACCGUUCCUCUGGCAUUUAGGAAAUUCCCUGGAGAAAUGAGUUUCUUGAUUCCCUUGUCCUGGGGGCAGCACAGUGGACGAUCGAGGGCCGAAAGAGGUUUCCCAGAGAGAAAGCCGCACAGCAUUAAGGCAAAAUCUGGCUGCAGAGCAAAGCAGGCUGAGCGAGCUUCUCCUGCUAGCCUGUAGGUGGGUGUGUUGAACAGGAGGCGGCAAGGGAACCGGCCUGUCAGCCAGCCCUUCGAGCUAAUUAGCUCAGCACACAACAAAGAUAAGUGAGCCUGGGAGGAGGGCCCCCUGAGGGGUCCUCACUUUCUGGGAAAUGUCUGAUUGGCAGAUGUUAAAAGGGAUUCUUUGGUAAUCCAGUGCAUCAAUGAGCUGCACAGAUUCAGUCCAGGACUGCAAGAAUCCAGGCAUGAGGACACCCUGUGCAGGAGGCGCGCACAGGCAGACCCGAGAUGGACAGAACCCUGGAAUCUCUGAGACACAUCAUUGCCCAAGCCUUGCCUCACAGAGACCCGGCUCUGGUCUUCAAAGACUUGAACGUGGUGUCAAUGCUACAGGAAUUUUGGGAAAGCAAGCAGCAGCAGGGGGCUGCAUUUCCAAGUGAAGGCGUGGUGGUCUAUGAGUCUUUGCCGUCUUCUGGGCCUCCCUUUGUGAGUUAUGUGACCCUCCCAGGGGGGAGUUGCUUUGGCAAUUUUCAGUGUUGCUUAAGUAGAGCUGAGGCCAGACGAGACGCAGCCAAAGUGGCCCUAAUCAACUCCCUCUUCAACGAGCUGCCCUCUCGCAGGAUCACCAAGGAGUUCAUUAUGGAAAGUGUCCAGGAAGCCGUGGCUUCCACCAGCGGCACUUUAGAUGACGCGGACGAUCCUGGCACGAGUAUCGGAGCCUAUCACUACAUGCUGGAGUCAAACAUGGGGAAGACCAUGCUGGAGUUUCAGGAGCUGAUGACCAUUUUCCAGCUGCUGCACUGGAACGGAAGCCUGAAGGCCCUUCGUGAAACGAAGUGCUCCCGACAGGAAGUCAUCUCCUACUAUUCCCAGUAUUCCCUGGAUGAAAAGAUGCGCAGCCACAUGGCCCUGGACUGGAUCAUGAAGGAGCGGGAGUCACCAGGAGUUCUCUCCCAGGAGCUGCGAAUAGCCCUGAGGCAGCUGGAGGAAGCCAGGAAAGCCGGACAAGAGCUGCGGUUUUACAAAGAAAAGAAAGAAAUCCUGAGCUUAGCCCUGACUCAGACCUACAGCGACCCUGACACGUCCUCGCCCAGUGACGACCAGCUGAGCCUCACGGCCUUGUGUGGCUAUCACUAACUGGGCCAGGUCCCAGGGGCCCACAAGGGGGCCAGAGGCCAGACCCUAACAUCAGGCAGCUCGUUGGAGGGCCUCAGAGGCAUCGGCCUAGAUAGCUACUACCUGCAGAUAGACAAAUCCUCCCCACCCCUUCCCACAGAACAGGACAGUGGCUGGUCUCUUACCAGGCCCAACAUCCCACUCAAUGCAUUUUCUUCCAUCACACUCCCAAUAUCUCCACCUCAGGUUGGAAGGAUGCAGACAGAAAAAUGUGAAAAACAGUUUGCAAGCCUGGUUUCCAUCUAACGCCUGGCGACAUGUGCCUUGCUAGAUUAUAUAGAGUGUUUCGAAGAAUGGGCCAGGAUAGCAACCCCCAAAAAGCAGCAGCCAGGACUAGGGUUAAGUAGCAUGAUAGGAACUUUUACAAUUACUUGCUAUUAAAUAAACAAUAGGGAUUGUUUUUAAAAUAUAUAUAUGAGAGCCAGAGCCUUCUUAAGCUUUGUAAAUUAAGUGAUAGCUUAUGCUCUACUAAGAAUAAUCCAAAGCUACAGUGGGGAUUUUAUCUGAACAUCCUACUAUCAAAGUUCUUAAAGAGGUAACAAUAUGGAAAUGUUAGAUAAAUUUAAUGUGGCUUACAAUGCCAUUGUAAUAAUUUUAAGACCAACAUUUUUCCAUAUGUGGGGAUAAAUAUCCAGUUUUUAUAGUCUUAUAAUCAAUCAUGUUUGUUUUCAAUUAGCAAAUUUAAAGGUUAAUACAUUUUGAGAAAUCAUUAGCAUCUAACAAAAAUGCUUGCAUUUUACUCAUUUCCCAGACAUGAGAAGGAACCUUUAGUUGAUUUUGUUGUUCGAGAAUGUAAACAUUGAAGAACUCCAGUGUAUAUCAAUAAGUUUAAUGCACUGGAAUCUUCUUAAAGGAAGGGAAAGAUACUGUCAUCUCUACUUAACCAUCUCUGUUAGUCAAUCAACUGGUGGGGAACAAUCAGAUAAUUCCUGCUCAUUUAGAUUUAAGAAAGACAGCAAUGUCCAGUUUAAAAGCUCAUGGGGAUUUUCACAGGUAUAACAUGAGAAGGAUUAUUUGAAUUUAGUCCAGUAACCCAAAUUAAAUAAAAUUCAGGCUAAUAUUCCUGAGAGCUAAACCACUAUAAUUAUGUAUUCCUAAGAAAAAUAUCAUCAUCCCGAGUCACAGCAUUGCACUGAAUUUGCCAAGAGCUGUCUUAAUUUUCACAAAAUCCAAAAUAUACCAUUUUGUUAUGAAAAAACAGCUUAGAGAAAAUUGUUCGCUAAACUUGGAUGAGUCCAUCAGAAUAUUCCAGACUUAAUAAAGCCAUUGUUCCUCUCACA